AUGGCAUUCGUACAGGCUCUCCUCGCCGACCCCGGCAUUCCCAUCAAGGACAGGCAAGAUGCCCUCCAUCGUGUUUUCGCCGAUCCAGGAAUACCAGGACCACUCCGCGAGAGCACUUCUUCCUUUUGGUUCAAAGAUCCGCACCCCCAGCUGGCUAACAUGCAAUCGCCGGAGCUACCCCAAGAGGCUGAUGUUGUAAUUAUUGGUUCCGGCAUCACAGGUGCUUCAAUUGCACGCACCCUGUUGGAGUCAUCUGACCAGCUGGGACAUAUCGGUAAGAAGACACCCGCGGUUGUCAUGCUGGAAGCACGAGACACUUGCACUGGCGCAACGGGUCGCAAUGGGGGUCAUAUUCUGGAGACGGUUGAAGAGUUUGCCGACUGGGAAGCACUCUAUGGGCUGGAGGCGGCAAAGGCAUUGACGCGGUUCCGGUUGGCCCAUUUGGCGGAGAUUCUGAAGGUUGCGGACCAAUAUGGAUUAAAAAAGGAAACCCAGGCGAGAAAAGUAGAGUUUCUCAGUGUGCACUUCGACGAGGAAAGGUGGCGUCAGGCAGCACAGUGCAUCCAACGGUUCAAAGAAUGGUGCCUUCCUCAUGCUAUUGGGGUCGUCGCGGGGCCAGCCGGGGCCCUAUGGCCUUAUAAACUGGUCACCGGUGUGUUAGAAGAACUGCGACGAGAAAAUCCAGGAAACUUUCUAAUUGAGACCAACACACCGGUGACCCAAGUCUCGACUGACGACACCUCAUCUUUGCGGUAUGCCGUGCAGACGCCAAGAGGAAUUCUGCGCGCUCGGCAUGUCAUCCACUGUACGAACGCUCAUGUUGGACACCUUGUCCCCGAGCUGAGAGGUCACGUUUACCCCGUUCGAGGACAAAUGUCCGCCCAAAACCCCGGCUCUAAGUUUAUCUGCCAGGCAACAGAGCAUUCCUGGCUUUUCAACUAUGAGCGCGGUUUCGACUACCUGACACAAUUGCCCCCUGCUGGCGAAUCGAGCGGAAAGAUGAUGCUUGGUGGUGGCUUUGCUCAAGGUCGAAACAAUGGGCUUGCUGAUCUAGGUAUCCCAACUGACUCUGAAUUGAGCUUGUCUUGCGAUAUCCAUCUGUCCGGCGCAUUGAGUGCAGUGUUCGGCCGCGAAAACUGGGGUCAUGUUGCGGGCCCUAGCGUUGAGCAGAUGUGGACGGGAAACAUGGGAUUUAGUAGCGACGGCCUUCCAUGGGUUGGACAGCUACCAUCGUCUGUAAGCUAUGCUGCAGGGACGACAGAGCAGGAUGGUGCUCAGUGGGUCUGCUGUGGAUUUAGCGGAGAGGGUAUGGUGCAAGCCUGGUUAAGUGGAACGGCUGUGGCAAAGAUGCUGUUGUCCAGCGACCGAAAGCACCACUUAAGGCCAGAUUACUUAUCUUGGUUCCCAGAGCAGAUGCUGCUUACUGAAGAGAGACUGGAGAAAGCAGGGCUGACACGAGUUGUCAGCGACAGGGCCUCGAAUUUGUAA